UGUCUAAGUUAAGGAAAUCCUCGGGAUGGAGCUAAGAACAGCGAAACUGUUGCUUUACUCGACGCUGAUGGUGGUCGUGUGCUGGAGCCAACAGGACUGGACGCAAUGCGCGGCCUCGUGCAAGUGCACAUGGUCGCAGGGCAAGAAGACCGCGGAAUGCGCGAAUCAGAAUCUCACAUACAUCCCGCGUGGCCUGUCCACCGAGAUACAGACCAUCUAUCUGACCGGGAAUCGUAUCACACACCUGAUAUACGAUUCCUUCAGCAGGGUUCAGCUGGUGAAUCUCCAUAAACUGGUAUUGAAGAACUGCGAGAUCGAGUCUAUCGACACGGACGCGUUCAACGGCUUGAAGAUCGUGAUCGAGAUCGAUCUGUCGGCGAACAACAUUCGUACUCUGUAUCCUGGCACGUUCAACGAGACGCAACGUUUGAGGGUACUGAAUCUGAACGACAACAAGCUGAAGGUGCUGGAGAACGGUCUGUUCCGCGAUCUGAUCUACCUGCAGACGGUUACGUUGUCGAACAACGAACUGGAACGUAUCGAGGAGAAGACGUUCCGCAAUCUGCCGGGGUUACAGGUGCUAACCUUGCAUAGCAACAAUCUGAGCACGCUGAAGGUGCAGAGCUUCGAAUUCCUGCCGAAGCUAGGCAGCCUGGAGCUGAACAAUAAUCCGUGGAAUUGCAAUUGUCAUCUGAAGAGAUUUCGUGAUUGGGCGAUCGAGAGAAAACUGUACACGAAACCAACCACGUGCCAGCAACCGGCUGCUUUGGUGGGCAAGAUGUGGGACGAGAUCAGCAGCGACGAGUUUGCCUGCAGACCGGACAUCUCGAUCGGACCGUACAUGAAGAUCGAGAUUGGAAAGGGGAACGUCACCUUCUGGUGCCAGGCGUCGGGGAUCCCGCGACCUCAGCUGUCCUGGAUCCACCGGUCCCGAAUCCUGAGCAACACCACGAGACGGCACAACGGCGAGAGGACGUACAUCCUGAAGUCGAGCCACGACUGGCUGAACCUCACGAUCCCGGACGUCACGCCCUCUGACAAGGGUGAUUACGUCUGUCUGGCGAAAAGUCCAGGCGGAAAUACGGAGAAAAACGUGACCCUUGCCAUCGCUGGCGACGCUACAAGCGGUCAGGACGGUAUAAUCAGCCUACCGCUCGUCCUAGGCCUGGGCGUGACCACGUUGCUCCUGCUAAUUGUCACCGGGUCCCUUAGCGUGUGCUACUGUCGUCGUCGUCGAACCAGACACGACGAGAAAAGCCUGGAGGCCGCGUCGAUGGAGCAUCACGGGCUGGGGGAGCAAGAGAAAUCACUGAUCACGACCAUAAAUCCUGUGGUGAAGCCGCCCAGACGGUACGAGGCGCCGUCCGUGACGUCGCACGGCACCGAGAUGACGGAGCUGAACCGUACGUUGCUCGACAACGACUCGGUCUUUGCUGAUGGUAUCGGUGGCGGUGUCGGCGGCGGAGUGAUCGGCGGCGUCGGAGACGACGAGAGGGAAGAACGAGCUACCCCGGAACUCGAGAGCGGUACCGGCACCCUGUGCCGCGGUGGAGGCGGUAGCUACCGUCAAUAUCCACCUGACCUUUUGGCGUUCUCCGGUGGUCGUGGCGCGUCGCCUACCAGUCAAGCAUCCACCGCACCGGACAACACACGUCUACCGAGUCAACACACGGCGACACCCACCACCACAGCCGCGUACGGUUCACCCUCGAAUCAAUACCCGGCCGCGUUCAAGACCUUGCCCCACAAUCGAAGCGUCACGCCUUACGGUGUCACGGCUAGCUCGACGAUCGCGCCUGUGAUGCCGCGACACGGAUACGUCACGAUACCACGAAGACCAAGAGCGCCCAGCUGGAGCAGUGGACCGCCCACAUCGCCCACAGACGGAUUGGAACCAGUCUACGACAAUCUAGGGCUGCGCACCACCGCGGACGGCAGCUCGGUGCUCUCCCUGAACAAAAGUCCCGAGCCAUUAGCCUCGAUGAGGAAUCGACCUCUGCCUGGUACGCCAAGCUCCCACUACGGCACGAUACAACGAAGCACACCGAACAUAUUGGCCAGCAGCCCCCUCGACAGGUCUGCUCCUGAAGGCGCGGCCGAGUGGCCAACGAAAUUAGCCGACGAGUCCACGGACAGUAAUCAUAUUCUAGGACAACAACCGCAACAACAAUCGAGCAGCAACACCCUAGGCAGAAAAGUACCGCCCAGGCCACCACCGAAACCCAAGAAGAAGUCCGCCAACGGACCUCUGUACGAGGACGAGGGCGAAGACGGCACCGAGGUAUGAUCAGCGUACAUCGGUCGACGAAGCUGAGGCCGCGAGGUCGUGGCCGUGCUGAGACGAACAGAUGCAUGACCGCAGUCACAAUAAACCGGUAGUGCCUUUUUGAUGAUGAGACGGCCCCCGCUGCGGGUCGAUAUUCGGUUCAAGUAAGUUCGCCCGUCGAACAUCCGCCGACGGGACGAACGUUGUGCGGAGAGGGGCUUCCACAUCCGGUGAAACAGAGGUCGUCGGGUGAACUGACUACCAGGAACCAGCGAACUUUCUUUCGGACGCCCUUCGUCCUGGUGUCGUUC